UUUAAUUGGUUUGGCGCAGUUUCCACAAGCAAUUGGUACAUUUUCAAAACUCUUCGUACUUAUAUCGCAACAGAUCAUCAAAAGUGCACCUUUUUCAAACAUUUCAGCAUAUUUCCAAUUGUGUUAGUACAAUACACAUAAUGGCAAAAUAUCCUUUUCACUACACAAAAUAAGUGUUUCAUCUAAAUAAAUGUUUCGUUCACAGUUACUGCCUUUCAUAAUGUUAUCCCUAUAAAAUUUUUGAUUUGCAUCUCUUAUCAUUCAGUUUAAUACAUUUGUCUGUCAUUCAAUUCAACUGAUCUUAAUGUUUAAUCAAUGAAUCAUUCAUUAUGUCCAUGGAUUUUCAACUUGACUGAUUGUUGUCUGGUCAUUUGUAAGUUACACAUUGCUGCAAGAGCUUUCAAUCUAGAAAUACUAAUUGCUAAUUGUUUCCCCUGAUGAUCACAAUUAGUUACCAUAUAAGUAGAACUGUGUUUGAGACUUUGCACUGUUCAAAUAUGGAGCAGGAUAGACUCGUAGGGAGAGGAAACCUUCAUCGAAGAGGUGGUGGUGCUCCUCGACAGAGAGGUGGGCACAGACAAAGAGGAAGAGGUGGUGGUGCUCCUCGACAGAGAGGUGGGCACAGACAAAGAGGAAGAGGUGGUGGUGCUCCUCGACAGAGAGGUGGGCACAGACAAAGAGGAAGAGGUGGUGGUGCUCCUCGACAGAGAGGUGGGCACAGACAAAGAGGAAGAGGUGGUGGUGCUCCUCGACAGAGAGGUGGGCACAGACAAAGAGGAAGAGGUGGUGGUGCUCAACGCACCAUCAUCUCUAAUGAAGUCCGGGCCAUCAUUGUUGACCAUGUGGUUAACAGAGGCUUUACCAUGGCUGAGGCUGCCAGGUUGGUACAGCCUAAUUUACAAAGGUCAACUGUCAGCUCUAUCAUCCAAACUUUUCGCCAAGAAAACCGAAUUAACAGGAGACAACCUGGUGGUGGUCGCCCACGUGUUUUGACUGACCAGCAGGAGUUGGCUGUGGUGGAAAUGGUCAGGGCAAGGAAUGACAUACGGCUGUCUGAAAUCAAACAGGCUAUUGAGAACAGCAAUGACACCUUUGCCAAUGUGCCAUCAAUUAGCCUUCCAACGAUUGCCCGGCUUUUGAAGAAGCACCAAGUUUCCAUGAAACAAAUUUACUUGGUUCCUUUUGAGAGGAACAAUGUCCGGGUGAAACAACUGCGUUCAGAAUAUAUUCAGAGGGUGAUGGAGCUGGACGCUGCUGUGAAUCAUCACAAGUAUAUUUUCGUUGAUGAGGCCGGUUUCAAUCUGGCAAAAACUAGACGCAGAGGACGUAACCUUAUUGGACAAAGGGCUACCAUCCAAGUCCCUGGACAACGGGGAAACAUCUCAAUGUGUGCAGCUAUAUCUGAAGAUGGUGUGCUUCCACCAUGCACAGCUGGUUCAGGAAUGGUUUCAAACACAUCCUCGCUUCAUGACCCUCUAUCUUCCACCAUAUUCCCUUUCCUCAACCCAAUUGAGGAAUUCUUCUCUACAUGGAGGUGGAAGGUGUAUGAUCGCCAUCCCCAUGAGCAUGUCUCCUUCUUCAAGCCAUGUGUGAAGCUUGUGGUGAUAUAA